AUGCUGGCUGUUGAUGCAGCUAUUGUGGCGCAGGUUGCCAAGACAGCCUUAGCACUGGAAGAGCUUUAUAGGUGGACUGCAGAAGCAGCAUUUGUACUCACCUUAGCAGCUGGAGGUCUGUCGGGUUGUUAUGCUUGCUUAGUGCAACAAAGAAUGCGCAUUCAUUUCGCCCCUGACGACGUUAAGGACUUCUUCACUGCAGCUUAG